AUGUUGGGUUGCAUAGGCGGAGCCUUCCACACCUCUAUCCCGAAGGGGAUCACGGACCACUGGUUUGCAAUCUCGGUGAAGUUGGCGUCGUCUGAGGGGAAGGCGAAAGGUCCCGGCCUGUGGAGACUGCCUGAAAAAAUAGCAAAGAGUCAAGGAGUGAGGAACAUCGCACAGGCGAUAACACAACAGCAGGAUGCGGAUGAUCACUUUGUCAAAACGCUGAAGAAGCUGAAUGCGUGUCUGAAGGAAUAUGCGAAAGGAGAAAGAAGGAGAGUGGCCUGCACCGUCAAACAUCUGGAGGAGAAGGUUGCGGUGCUCAAGCAAGCCUUUAUGAGUGAUGCGGGAAACCUUGACCUGCAAGAGCAGCUGGCAAGGAGUGAAGCACAGCUGAAAGUGUACUGGGAUGGGAAGAACGACUGGCUGCAGACGCUAGCAGGCAUACAAGGGGAGUUGGAGGGGGAAAACGUCCAAGUUCCUCACGGGGAAGAUAGCUUCAAGGAGAGCGAAGACAGAGAUUCAAAUGCUUUCGGUGGGGGGGGGGAAACGGUGACGGAGGCGAAGGAGAUCUUGCUGGCUGCAUCAGAUUUCUUCCGAGACCUCUUUGGAAAGGCCAAGGAGACAUCGGGCGAGAAGUGGUCAACUGACAGGAGCAAGCGGUUGGAUGAGGAAGACAGGGAAUCGGCGAAGCUCCCGGAAAGCCUUACGACGGCAGUAACGAUCCUGCUACACAAGAAGGGGGAUAAGGAGAGAUUGGAAAACUACAAGCCGAUCACGUUUUUGAACACGCUAUACAAGAUUGUGGCAAAGGUGCUGGCAAAUAGGAUGAAAAGAGUUCUAUCGAAAGUGAUCUCGGAGGACCAGCAUGGUUUUGUACCGGGGAGGAAGCUGUCAGAUGCAGUGGCGGCAGUGGCAGAUGUGAUUGAUGCAGCGGUGACGGGGAAGGAGGAUUGGUACCUGCUUUUGGUCGACUUUCAGAAGGCAUAUGAUUCUGUGUCACAGAAGUACCUCUUCAACACCCUAAAGGAUAUGGGCUUCCCGGAGACGUUUGUCAGCUGGGCGGAAGGGCUGCACAAUGAAGCGGGUACCAGACUUCUCCUCAAUGGGUGGCUUGGAGAAACUCUGGGGGUGGAAGUCGGGGUAAGACAAGGAUGCCCGCUCGCGCCGUAUCUGUUCAUCUGCGCAGUGGAGCCAUUAUGUCAGGAAAUUAAGAAAGGAAAGCUCUUGGCCAGGAAACGCAGAAAGGGGGAGCUGGCAUACCUGGGGUAUGCAGACGAUACUACACUGGCGUUGAAUGGGCUUGCGCAGGUGGAAAAGGCGGGGGAGGUGCUGAAAGACUUUGGAGAGGUGUCAGGCCUGCGCAUCAGCCAAGAGAAGAGUGUGUUAAUGCCGCUGGGGAGAAACCGCUGGCGGAAAUUAGUGAAGCAGACAUUUUUCAAGAUGGCAGUGCCUGACCAACCGGAGAGGCUGUUGGGGUCCAGAUGGGAGGUGGAGCUAGAGCAUCUCUGGUUUAACAGGCGGAUCCUCUUCAGAGGGAACAGUCCCUUCGGCGCGCAGAGAGGCUCGGAGUGCUUGAAAGGGAUGAAGCUUGCCGACCUGCUCAUCGCAAAUCUAGAUGGGACAGCGGUGGUCAAGGACUUGGAGAGAUUGAGCAGGGAGAUGGGAGGCAAGCCACCGGCUAGAUGGGCGCUUAAGGCCUUUCAAGCCGCCCCGGUGGAAUGGAGAAACAACUUGUUAAAGCAACGGACAGCGGAGGAAAUCGCUGAAGCAAUAGACUUGGUUCGCACCGGAGGGGAGGUAGUGAAGCAGCAGAACUACUGGAGAAUCUUGCGCACGGAAGGGGAAAGGUUGGUGGUGAAAAGAAUGGAGGUAGUACGAUGA